CCUGCGCACAGGCUUAGGGGACGUGGAACCCAGGAAGUGUGUCAUACAGGUUUGGUCAAAAAUAAGCACUUUCUCUCCCAAAACAGGCGGUUCUCUACGAUUUCCCUCAUCAUGGGACUCUGUAAGUGUCCCAAGAAGAAAGUGACGAACCUGUUUUGCUUCGAGCAUAGAGUGAACGUGUGCGAACACUGCCUGGUCUCCAACCAUCCAAAGUGCAUUGUGCAGUCAUACCUGCAGUGGUUACAGGACAGCGACUACAACCCACAGUGCAGCCUGUGUGGAGGCGCUUUAGCGGACGGAGAUGUCGUCAGACUUAUUUGUUAUGAUGUGUUCCACUGGUCCUGCCUGAACAGCUAUGCCCAGAAGCUGCCGGCCAACACGGCGCCCGCCGGCUACACCUGCCCAAAGUGCAACAGCGGCAUCUUCCCCCCGCCCAACAUGGUAUCACCCGUGGCCGACAACCUGAGGUCAUGGCUGUCACAGGUCAACUGGGCACGGGCGGGGCUAGGGCUGCCGCUGAUAGAGGAGCACACACCUAGUACAGUGCAGGAGACAGAUAGAAUACAGGACUUACCUGCCACCACUGUUAGAACAGAUGCAGACAUGUCCGGCAUGGUGGACCCCACCUACCUGCAGACCAGACCUGUAAACGGCCCCGCCCAUGGCAACAGCACCGACCACACCCGGCAACAGCAGAACAGCUUCAGCCCCGCCCCCAGCAAGCCGGCAGCCUCGACCAAUCACAAGCCUCCUCACAGCACGGCCAUCAAUAUGUCCCACUUACAGACGCCUGCGGGCUUCUCUGCCGGAGCCAACGACUCGUACUCCCCCAGGAAGCUUUUUGACUCCACGAAGGACGACAAUCUGAGAAACACAUCAUUCGACCACGACGAGAACAAGUACAAGCGGAGAUCAGCGCUCAACUGGUUCUCAAGGUGGUUCAAAUCCGUGGCAGGUACGCAGAAGAAGGACCCAGACGCCAACCUGAAGAGGUUCAUCGUGAUGAUGGUGCUGGGGCUCAUUGCCUUCCUGACCUUCAUUGUCAUCAUGACCCGGGUCGGCAGGGCGGCCGCCGAGAACGACCCCUUCCUCGACCCCAUGGCCAACCCCAACAUCAGGGUGGCCCGCGACGCAGACAUCCCCCAGUGAACCCCAACAUCAGGGUGGCCCGCGACCAGGACUGUCUCCAGCUUUUUCACGUCCCUCACAUUGUUUGGGAGUCCAUGUUGUUGAUUUUCUUUGUACAAUCUCAUUUUAAUCUUAUAAAAACACAUUUUCAUUAACUUUAUGUAAGGAUUUUUUUGACGGAUGGUGUGAAAUUUUCGUCCAUCCCAAGAAGCAUAUUUCAGUCCCAGGAUGGAAGGACUGGUCCUAGAGACAGCCCUGCCUGCGAC